AUGUUGGUAAAAUACACGUGUGAAGGGUAUGGAGAGCCGGGGGCUGCUCACUGGAUGCCUUUGGGUGGUCAACAAGCCAGGGCUGAGCAGGAAGAAGAAUUCAUCAGCAACACAUUAUUCAAGAAGAUUCAGGCUUUGCAGAAGGAGAAAGAAACCCUUGCUGUAAAUUAUGAGAAGGAAGAAGAGUUCCUCACUAAUGAGCUCUCCAGAAAGUUGAUGCAGCUGCAGCAUGAGAAAGCUGAACUGGAGCAGCAUCUGGAACAGGAACAGGAAUUUCAGGUCAACAAACUGAUGAAGAAAAUAAAGAAGCUGGAGAAUGAUACCAUUUCUAAGCAGCUUACAUUAGAACAGUUGAGACGAGAGAAGAUUGAUCUUGAAAAUACAUUGGAGCAAGAACAAGAAGCACUAGUUAAUCGUCUCUGGAAAAGGAUGGAUAAACUUGAAGCUGAAAAGCGAAUCUUGCAGGAGAAAUUAGACCAGCCCGUGUCUGCUCCACCAUCGCCUAGGGAUAUCUCCAUGGAGAUUGAUUCUCCGGAAAACAUGAUGCGACACAUCAGGUUCUUAAAGAAUGAGGUGGAGCGGCUGAAGAAGCAACUGAGAGCCGCUCAGUUACAGCAUUCAGAGAAAAUGGCUCAGUACCUGGAGGAGGAGCGUCACAUGAGGGAAGAAAACUUGAGGCUGCAGAGGAAGCUGCAGAGGGAGAUGGAGCGAAGAGAAGCCCUCUGCCGACAGCUCUCCGAGAGCGAGUCCAGCCUAGAAAUGGAUGAUGAAAGGUAUUUUAAUGAGAUGUCUGCACAAGGAUUAAGACCUCGCACUGUGUCUAGCCCAAUCCCUUACACACCUUCUCCAAGUUCGAGCAGGCCUAUAUCACCUGGUCUCUCGUAUGCAAGUCACACAGUUGGUUUCACACCUCCAACGUCAUUGACUAGAGCCGGAAUGUCUUACUACAACUCCCCAGGGCUUCACGUGCAGCACAUGGGAACAUCCCAUGGCAUCACAAGGCCUUCACCACGGAGAAGCAACAGUCCUGACAAAUUCAAACGGCCCACACCGCCUCCGUCUCCCAACACACAGACCCCAGUCCAGCCGCCUCCACCUCCACCUCCGCCACCCAUGCAGCCCACCAUCCCCUCGGCAGCCACCUCGCAGCCUGCCCCUUCACAACAUUCGGUGCAUCCCUCCUCCCAGCCUUAAUGCAUGUGCUUAGUCUGAAUUUCAAGUUGGGACUCGUCCAGUGGAGCCGUCUACUCAACGCCAAAGGCUUCCUUCCCUGGCAUAUUUGGAUCUGACUUAUUUGCACUGAGGUUAUCUAGGCUUCACUAUUCAUUGUGUUGUAAAUGUUUGUCGGAAACGCAGCCAGUGUUGUGGAUCUACAACACUAACCAGACGACUUUUUCCCCAUCAGUGUUUUACUUGAAUCUACGUGUAUAUCCAUUCCCUGGCUGGAACAUUCGCUUUUUGGUAUUUGGUAAUACAGCAGCAGCGUGCAAUUUUUGCUUGGUCCCCACCCAAGCUUCAUCUUCUUGGCUUUUAGGUUUGUUAAAUAAAAAGGGAUAUCUUUUUUAUUUUUUUUUUUCAUGAAUUUGCAGAAAGUUACUGAGCUGUUAUUAACCCCCUUCUCCAAUUAUAAUGGUGUUUAUCAGAUGUACCAAGAAUUCAGCACUACAAUUCAGACCUUUGAAAAUCUAUCAAUGUAGAAUGGGGAGUUAAAUGAAUCAUUGCCCAAGAUAUAUUUACUGUUUAAUAGAGCUUUCUACAGAUAUGCUUUUUAUAGGUUCUUUUCAGUGUAAAUCAACAUCCAUCAUCUCUUGUAAAACAGCCAAAAAUACCAGAUCGUAUGGCUGUUUCUUCUCCACAUACAUGGGAUGGAUAAUUACUGCAUUUUAAGAUGUGAUUCUUUCCUUUAUCCUAAAUGUUAAUCUACCUACACUGGCCCCCUUUAACAUGAGCCAAGAUGUGUCCUACCCACCAGUGGCUUUGAUGGCUCUCUAAAUUAGAGUGUGCUCUGAUUUCUGCUGUGGAGGGCAAUGUGAUUAUAACAGAACCAAGGCGAUUUCUCCUUUGAUUCUUUUUUGUGUUCUCCUGAGAUGAAGUUCAAAUGAAUAUUUUAAAGGUGCAAAAUGCGAUUAGAAAAUAACUAUUUGAAAUGGACAUGAUAGGAAUAUCUUGGCAUACUGACCACAAAAUAUUGCAUUGCUUGGCAGAAAAGAAGUGUAGAGAAAAGUAGUAGUACAUUAACAGUGAUGACUGCUUACUUCACCCAAUAUAAGCAAGUACAGUGUACAAAGAAGUAUAUUCUGAAUACAUUAUUUCCCUUUAUUUAGCACAAAUUGUGUGGUUCCCCACUUUAAAGUGGAACACUUGAGUCACUCUUUACUUAAUACUUGCAACAUCUUGUUUUGUUUCUCAGCAGUUUUUUGUACUUUGGUAGUAAAGUGAUUUUUACCACCUGUGUUUGCAUAUUUAUAUAUGCUGUGGAUGAAAAUAACUUACUAGAGAAUGUAUAUUUUAUGAUGAGAACGUGUAUCUGUUGGAUAUAAUCAGAGAAUUGAAAAUUAAUUUAUCAGUAAUUUUUAAGAGUUCAUGUUUUGUGACAACCAUCUCUAAUAGCGUAACUCCUUAUGGAACACACUCCUAAAAA